CCAGGCCAAGCUGGGGCUGCAUAAAACUGAGCUUGGCCUCAGCUCUCAGCCAUCCACCUUCCUGACAACAUGAGGUCCAGAAGCUUCUUGGUCCUGGUGGUGGUAUUCCUCAUCUGCGGGACGCUAGUGGCGCAGGCAGCUGGCAGAAUACGUCGUCCUAAAGGUAAAGGCACUAAGAAAACCCUUGCUCUGGUCAAAGGACAAGGUCCGGUGAGAGGUAAAGAUCAAGUCAAAGGUCAAGGUCCAGUCAAGGGUCAAGAUCUAGGCAAAAGUCAAGAUCCAGUUAAAGCCCAACUUCCAGACAAAGGACAAGAUCUAGUCAAAGGUGAAGAUUCUGUCAAGGGUCAAGAUCCAUUCAAACCCCAACUUCCAGACAAAUUACAAGAUCCAGUGAAAGCCCAACCUGCAAUCAAACGUCUAAUCUUACUCACCAAGCCUGGCUCCUGCCCCAGGAUUCUGAUCCGUUGCUUGAUGGUCAAUCCCCCUAACAGGUGUUUGAGUGAUGCUCAGUGCCCAGGGGUCAAGAAGUGCUGUGAAGGCUUUUGCGGGAAGGCCUGUAUGGAUCCCAAGUGAGGUGGAGUCUUGCUGCACCUACAAAGGCCUCAGGGACGCCGGCCCUGGUGCCUGCGGCACCACCCUCUCCCCCACUCGCCUAGUCUUCCCCUCAUCCAGAUGCCCAAGCCUGGGCUGCCUCUCUCAUCGGCUUUCCAAUAAAAGCCUGCUCUCAGCUGC